AUGUACUACCGUCACUCGUUGAUUGUCGACCCCACAGUGUUGAACAUGCACGUUCCCACUCUUAUACUGUCCUGGUUCCUCCACCACUCUACUCAGUGCUCAAUGCAUGCAUCCAAGCGACGGAAGGGUCUUUCUCGCAAAGUUCAUGUCUCUGGCUUCAGCUAUACUGGAGAACGACGCAAUGAAGUUUUAUCCCAGGCAGCAGUGGCCCAUGAAUGCACCGCAGGUCUUAGUCAAGAUACCCUCAAUGUCCUUGGUGAAAUACGCACUGAACUGCCUCACGAAGACUUUAUAGCCACAGACGCCAUGGACCACGAUGGGCAAAACAGAGACUGGGAACCCAUACCUGAGUCUUGGAAUGAGGACGAGACGAUUGUGCAUGCAAUUCGCGACUUUGUUGAUCACCGCUGGAACUAUCGAGUGUGCAAAGAUACUAGGACUUGGCGAAGCCACCUUGAUAGCUUGCAUGCAAAUUGGAUGCCUAUCCUUCCCCUUCUCGCCGAUGCAUUCCUGCACUGGAAGGCAUCAAACUCAGCUCCCCCUCUGACUACACCGCUGUCAACUGAACAUGGCUUUACCAUCAAAGUCGUCGACCUUUUCACUUUGGAAUCACACGCAUUCAUCCCAUGUGAGGACGACAUCUUGACAUCUGUCGCACUCGUAAACGCUGGCUAUGUACCUUACAGACAACAUUAUCGUACAAUGUUAGCGGGCGCAUUUGACGUCUACUUAACUAUGGUCCACUCCAUCGAGAAAAAGGUCAAUGUCACCCUUGGUCGUGAUACCCUGAACUGGUGGGUCCUUAACGCCUGCCCUCCAUGUGCCUAUGCACUCGAGGAUGAAUCACCUCUCACAUCCAAUCACAUGUUUGUCAUUGAUGGCGGGAAUUUGGCAAAAAGGAUGCUACAAGUAGGUGAUCGUCAGCGUGGAGAUAUGAGGGAGUAUGCUGACAGCGACUACAUGCUUCCUCGGCCUUACGUCAACCAGUUUGCAAAUGAAGUUCGGUCGCAACCAAUGCCUGUGGACACUUCAGAGCCUGAGGAUAACUGGAAGGCUGCCGCCGGUGAAGAGAAGAAAUGGAUGUGGAGUAUUUUCGAUGAGACUGGCCUCUUUGUUGCUGCCUCGGUGAACUUGCAAAGUACCCUCUCGCCAUCAUUUCCAAAAUUCUCGAGGUUCUUGGUGAGCUGCAACCUUGGGGCUUACGACAUUGGCUGCGGAUUCACAUUGACUAUCAGCUCGAGUAGCCUUGGGGAAGCAUUCAAGAAGCAAGGAUGCCGCAGCUCAGGUAUCUUGGCCUCGGAAUCAAUUGCACUUGACGAAGCGAAGAGGUCGCUUAGCAUCAGUGAUGAUGAUCUUGAGAGUUGGCAUGCCGAAGAGGUUGACUAUUUCGCAAAUGUUGGCAAACAGUCCACAGUGGGAUGUGCAUGCUAUGGCGUAUGUGGAGCUCCUUCAAAAAUUGAGAGACACGGAAGCUCGUACUCUGCUGAUCUCUUGUCUACAAGACGACUCGAAAUGCAGUGCCGUUAUGCGACUGAACACCUUGCUACCCUUCAACAUGAAGUCGUUUCAAUGGAAGUAACCAUGGGAAUAUCUCACCGAUGGCAGCCGUCGACUCUAGAAUAUCAGCAAACAAUGGAAUAUAUGGCAGCCUACAAGUACCAGUGUGCACUUGACCAGCUUCAACAGCUGGUUGUCCAGCGUCUUUUCGAGCUUCAAAAGCUCAAUAUAUCGCAGACUGCCACGCUAGAGCUCAAUCCCCCUCAUGCACCACUUGAAUGGUCCAGAGUCUCACAUUAUAGCUUCCUCGAGGAGUUUAGUCUCCUAUGGGAGACACGUCAGGAUGUUCGAGAAAAACCUUGGGCGAAACCAGCCGUCCGUGAGGUCAUGCGCCAAUGGUUGCGCAUUAAGCGUGCCAAGGAGGAAAUUGAGCGCUGCAAUGUUGAAGUGUGGCGCCUCCACACAGCAAUCAUUGAUGAACACCAACAUUUCAAUCUUAUUCUCAAUUCGCUUGCUGACAAUUCUCUUCUAAAAGUUGCUGUUGAGGAAUUCUGUGCAUGCCGUUGUCUGAUCAAUUUCCAGUUGCUUGCUCGCAUCUCGCAAAUCUACGCACUAUCUGGUUUCACUGGUGUGGCAUCACCCGGCACGAGGAAAGGAGUGGUACUAUCUCAUAUGGAGCAGGACAUUGAAUCACACAAUCAUGACGGUUCCCUCUGGACAUUAGAUUUUGCGAAGGAGACAGGAAGGCGAAAGAUUAAGAUCGAAUUUACAGGAAGGCGAAAGAUUAAGACCGAACUAUUGGUGAAGUAUAUUCAAGGCCUAGAAAGCAGGAAGACUGCGAAGAUCGAUGAAGACACUUCGCCCGCUGAUGCUGCUCGCGCCUUUCUGACUUCUGACGCUGCACAUGGCGUGCUUCAACAGGAGCGCCACGAAAAAGUUGUCACAGGUUUCUAUAGCAUUCUUUUUGGGUUUGAGACGGGUAUUUUCACUACAUGGAAAGAUUGCCAUCAAGCUGUCUCGGGCUUUCAGCGCCCAAAAUACAAAAAAUUCAUUUCGUUUGCUGAAGCAAUUGCAUGGAUGAUCAUGAAGGGUGAGGUCCUCAACACACUCAAGGCAAAGGAGAACGAAAUGCACCGUCCCUUAGAGGAUCGCACCUUUGCCAGUCUCCAGGGGACAUCAGCAAAUAAGAACAGAAACAAUUGUUCCUUAGAAAUACUAAUGGGACUUAUUACAGUACUUGUCGAUGUUGACUUACACUCCGAGACGACGCCACACCAUGUCCAUGUCGAAUUACCCUCCGAGACACCACAUCGCAUUGUUAUUCCAGCUUUUCCACUUACAUCUUCACCUCAGUCUUCUUGUGCAUGGAGAACCGCUGCUCCAGCACACAGCUCGACGUUACUCGAAGCAUCCGGAACAUCGAAGCCCCGAGUUUAUCAGGCUGUUCGGGAGUUAAGUGGAGUGCAAUCUGCACACUACGAACCCCCUCCACAUGAUGAUACCCCCAUGCCUUCCUUUGGUGAUCUUGCUGAUUCCUAUCUCCAGUCUCAUGGCUUCACUCUCCGUGCUGUGCUUUGCAUUGCCCAUGCUGUAGACACCAGCAAAUCUGGCUGGGAGUUCAUUGAUGAGAUUUCAGGAAGGGGUCUUGCCAUCUCCAAGGCACUGCUGGCUUUGGAUGCUCAUUACUGGUGA